AUGAUUCCACUUCGGCAGAUCGUUCGCCAAGGCGACCGAGUGCGGCUGGGGGCAUCUGUUCCUAUUCGCCAUUUCUCUGUUUCUCGCUCCGUCGCCGUCGAGGGUGACGGUAAACCCCAGACAGGAAACCCCUCCUCGAAUCCAAAGCCUGCCGCAUCAAUCCCAAAGUCUCCGAAGUCUACCGCGACUCCUUCCCUCAAGCCUCGCCCUUCAAUCAAGCCUCCAGGAUCCGGGCCGCAAAACAGACCCCGGGCUGCGAAAGCUCUGGAUGCGAGAGCAUUUGCUGCGCCAAGAGCUGGUGUUGAACAACCCAAAAUCAUUCGCAGUCCCCGGCUUCGUACCGCUCGAGGAGGGAACCAACCCCAGGGCAAGCCCAAGCCUGCGGCAAAGAAAAACCAACGGAAACCUCGAACUAGAGUUUCAAGAAAGACGGAAACCGAUGAGGGCGAGGAUGUUAUUGCCGCUGCAAUCCAACAAAUUGAGCAAGAACAAGUGAUCAAGGCUCGACCGACUCCGGUUCGCUACGAACCUCAGGAGAUUGAUUUCUCCUCCCUCCAAGAGACCUGGCCAUCUCUUCCCACUGACACAAACGCUCGAUCUGCUGCGGUUCUGGAGAAACUCUCCAACCUCAGUGGCCGUUUCCCAAAUGGGUAUGUCCCUCCCUACGAACUGGGUAGACGGAUCUGGAAAGGCCAGAAUGUCUUGUUUCAUAGUGAGGCGGAAAGGAUGGAAGCCAUGGACGAGGUUAAGCGACUGGCUCAGGUUCGUGCGGACAAGAUGUCUCAGCAAAAGGGUGAUCUCGUGGAGCCUCGUGUUGUCGAGUUCAAUGCCAUUAAGACGGAAGAAUCCAAGAUCUUGCUUGAAACGUAUGCCCUAGGGAAAUACCCGACGGUUGAGGUUGUUCAGGGCCAACCUGCGGUGCUUGGAGAGGUGGUGAAGAAUCUUCGCAACAACGGAACAUACCAAACUGCAGGCAAGAGGCCGCAGUUUUUGGCUAAGGUCGAGUCCCUACUGGCCUCCAGCCGUGUCAAGCGUUGA